AUGACGAAGACCACGAGGACCACGAGAACCACGGAGAUAAUCGAGAUCUAUGCUACGGCCCUCCGGAAAUGCAAGGAGAUAAACCAAGAACUGAACCCGGAUCCGUUUGGUGACAAGCAGCGGCACCAUGGACGUCUGAGUUGGGGCCGAGCCACUAAGUCGCGAGUGGCCAACACGGAGCAACCACAGGCGUAUGACGCAUCGAGGAUCAAGGAGCUGGUCGAACAGGAAACAGACCGAGUUCAGAAGGCACAAGACUCUAGGAACGGGGAUGCGGAAUGGACAGCCAAGGUCAAAGACGUAGCCUACGGGGUCAUAAGACUCACCCAAGUCCUCAAGCCCGUCAUUGAUGUCUUCGUACCCCAUAGCCCAGAGUACACGGUUCCGUACGCUUGCGUGUGGAUCGUCUUCAAGGGGUUCUUAGCGAGGAGGGAGAAGAAGGACUCUAUUCCGGACCUCAUCAAAUCGCUGUCCGAAGACCUCCCCAUCUUCGACGCUUACCGAGUCCUGGCUCCGACGGAUCUCAUGAAAACCACGCUGGCGGAGCUCUACAUUCACGGUGCCGACUUCCUGUGGAGGCUCUCGGAGUACUACUCGUACAGCUUCUUUGGUCAGCUUACGGAUGGGUUGUUGCCCCGUACCAAGUACAACUUCAGUCUGUACCAAGCCAACGUCAAGAGGGCGGCAGACCGGUUGAAAACCAUCUGUGAGCUCGGGAAUAUGGCGAAGCAGGACGCCGUCAAGAACAAGAUUGACUGGAUGGCCUCUAGUACCCGGUCUCACUCAACAAUCUCGCGCUUAGCCCAGGCACAACACACUUCUUCCGACCUUAUCGACAUCUGGGACGAUGAAGUGGGCGACGUCGAGCACGAACUGCGGCUCUGGGGGAGCUUGCGAUUCUCCACAGCCGCGAGGGACCACUGGAGCCAGAACGGCAUACUCGGAUGCCUCUCCAAGUGGCGCGCCCUCUGCGAGGACGAGUCGAACGCCUCCAUCCUGUGGAUCUGCUCCGAAGGAAACGGCCGGCAGGCGUGGAUGACCGAGUUCUCGCUCGACCUCGUUCGCGUGUGCCGCGCCCAGGGACAGCCCGUAACCUUCGCCCUCUGCGACCGCCCGAAAGCCAAGUGGACGCCGAAGCAGGUCCUGAAGCAACUCAUCGCCCAGCUCCUCCACCAGAACCCCGAGGGGGUCCUCUCCAACCCUUCCGUCUUCAGCCGCCGGAGCUUUCGCAGGGCCACCACCUUCCAAGCGACCCUGGACUUGCUCUUGUCCGUUAUUGGGACCCUGGAAUCACUUGUCAUCGUCAUUGAUCGUCUCGAUCUCUGUGCGCCCGACGCCGACGCCGACCCGGCCGGCACACAACAACCCGACACGAUGUUGACGCUGGCGCUGGCGCUGACAGUGCUGAUGAGCACGUAUCCGCAGAGUCUCCGGAUCUUGGUCUCGUCGGCACGUACGGCAGGCCCUCAGUCGCUGCCCGGCUUGCCUUUUAGCUUUGCCAAAGUCAACACCCGUAGACGACCCCGGAAGAGAUACUACGAAUACUCGCCGGCCAAGGAACAAGAAGACUCGGACGACCCGGAUGCGUUGUGUUACGUAGAGAUCAACAUGUGCAACUACUUCGAGUCCAAGAUGACGUUCAAGGAAUGCGACGCAGACCCGAAACAUGUCGUCACGAGGCGCACUUACGACAAAUGCGAGGAGGCCAAGAGCACCGGCUAUGUGUGCGACGAUCCCGAGCCGACCAAAGGAGCGAACGGCAAGAUCAUCCUCACGGGAACAUAUAGGAAGCCUGGCAAGUGUCCGAGGUGCCUCUCUUGAAUAUCGGUUUUGUUCUCUCUGCCUGGGCCGUGCGGAUGAGUAAAGUGGUCGC